AUGACUAAUGAGUUACAUUCUUUACAAAUAGACGAGGGUAGUGAUGAAAAUGUUAUGUUAGAGGAGAUUAAUGAGUUUAAUAACAACAAUAACAGUUCAUUAUUGUUUGAGAGGAUGGAAAAUAAUCGUGCAGAGAAGAGAGGUCGAGUUAUUGAUGAUGAAGAAGUUUGGACAGAAGUAGGAAGAAAGGGAAAAGUAAUAGCACUCGGUACCUCCCCUAAUGGAAUUACUAGAAUACCUGAGGAACAAGUUGAAGUUAGUAUGACAUGUAAAAGUGAGAAGUUACCGAAGCAAAUAGCGUUAGCCCGCAUCCUCAAGCAUGAAAAUAUAUUGGAUAUUAUUAGAAUAAAAUAUAUAAAUUCAUACAAAGUGAUGUUAAAGUUUAGUAAUAAUGAUAGUGCAGAAAAACUUAUACAAUGUCAAUAUUUCAUUGACAAAGAAUAUAGAUGUCAAAAAGCUUAUGAAGUAGGUGUUUCUUAUGGAGUAAUAAGAAACAUCGAUUUAGAUAUGAACGAAUCGGAUAUCCUUCAAUGUCUAGAAAGUGCUAUUCCGAUCUUAGGUGUUAAGCGUUUAAAAAGACGUAAUUUUGAAAAUGGGGGUUUUGAAGAUAGUGAAUGUGUAAGAUUAUGUUUUAAGGGAUCGUCCUUACCACCAUACAUUUAUACUUAUGGGACACGUAUAAAAGUAGACGCUUUCGUGUUCCCCGUCACACAGUGCUCAAAAUGCUGGCGUUUUGGACAUAAUUAUAAAGAAUGCUCACAAAAUAAAAUUGUAUGCCCUAAAUGUGGCCAAAAUCAUAAUAAUUGUGAAAGCACAAAUUUUAAAUGUGUAAAUUGUAAAGGUCGUCAUAUGGCAUUAUCUAAGAUCUGUCCUAUUUACAAAAAAGAAAGGAAGAUAAGAGAAUUGAUGGCCGAAUUUAAUUGUACAUAUAAAAGGGCCCUUACAAUGUAUGUACAACCUUCUCCUCAACAUGAGGGUAACCAAGAUGAUUCUUUUCUCGACUACACACUUCACAGAACUACUCAACCAGAAAAUAACCUUACUUAUGCAGAAGUGUUAAAAACUACAACCGAAAUAAAUGUGGAAAAAACAUACAGAUAUGCACGUUGA